AAAACCAAUUUAAUUUGUCAAGCCCACCACCUCUCCCACUUCGUCCACCCUCUGCGGGAGUUGCAGCAGAUAAAGCAAAAGCAUUCAUAUAGAGAGAUAGAGAUAUGUAGGAGAAGACAAUAAUGAGAAAUUAAGCUAAGAGAGUGGGAGACUGUGAAUUGAUGAAUAGAGAGAGAUAAAGAACUUAACUGGAAGUUACGACGAUCGCCGGAAAAUGACGACGGGUAUAAUCCAUGACCAAAAUCUGGAGAAGCACAUAGAGAAACAGAUGGGUUGUAUGGCUGGUUUUUUCCAGCGCUUUGAUCGCAACCACAUUUUGACAGGAAAGAGACUAUACGCCACGAAGCGUCUACCUCCCACAGCGGCGGUGGAUUCCCUGGAUUCUGUUGGAUCGCCGGCGGUUUCCAUUGAAUUGGAAAAGCCACAGCAAACUAGAGCAAUGACGUCGCCGAGUCCUGACCGUUUGAAAGUUUCUCCGGUAACGGAGAUGAAAUCUCCGACGGCCAGUGUUGUGACUCCGGCAAAAUCGCAGCUUCCUCUUCCUCUUUUUGAAUUCAAAGAGGGGAAUAGGUCUUCGUGGAAGUUCUGCAAGGAAACUCCGAGACUAUCUCUGGACAGCAGAGCAAUUGUUGAUGCGAAGGGAAGUCUUUACCCGAAGGAGAUCCGAACAAACACAGCGAUUAUAUCGGCGAAUCGAUGUGACGACUCUGAAGACGGAGCAGAUGGUGACGACAAGCGUCGAUCUCCGAGCGUCAUUGCGAGGCUCAUGGGACUCGAACAAUUGCCUCAUUCAAAUCCAGAGCCUAUGAUGAAGGCAGAGCUACGAAGAUCUGCCUCUGAGUCUAGAGUUUCAAAAGAUCUGUUUCAGUAUCGAUUCAUUGACGGUAGCUACGUCCAGCAAAAGCAAUCGAACCAAUCGCAUUUUGUUGGAGGUAAUACCAAUAUAUCGAGCAAUGUCAUACGAGACAAUGGAGGAAUAGAAAACAGCAAGGCCUCAUUCAAUGUUAGAUCAGCAAAUCCAAUGAAAUACUGUAGAAGAAAUGCAAAGUCAGAACCACAAAAUCCUCCGUACAGAGGAGGCGUAGGUAUAUCGCCAUGGAAAUCGCCUCAACAGAGGAAGAGUUUUUUCGAUUCAGAGGACUCUUUUCCAGAGCCAAAGCAGACAAUGUCAGUCUAUAGAGAGAUUGAAAAGAGACUGAAGAUGAGAGGUAUCGACGAGCCAUCGAAGGAUCUCGAAACCUUGAAGCAAAUCCUUGAGGCUCUGCAACUCAAAGGACUUUUACAUUCGAAGCCUCCAGAACAAAUCCGCCACAGAAACCUCGCGUACGAGCGAGAGGAAUCUCCCAUCGUUGUCAUGAAGACCUCGAGAUCACAAAUUCUUCCAAUCAACAGACGAUUCGGAAACGAUUCGCCUCCGGCGACUUUCAGAAACAGAGCCGGUGUUCGCCGGAAUCUCAGUAACAUCGGCGAAACCUCGCCGGAGAUUGAUCGGAAUGUACGGAACCAAGGCAAAGCUAGAAAUUCGAGCUCGCCGGCGAGAAGAAGAUCGUUGAUCGUUGAGACGCAGAGGAAGACAAACGAGUUCUCAGCGCAGCGAAGAGUUUCUUCGCUUCAUUCCCCAAAGCUUAGCCCGAAGAGUAUUGGAUCAAAUCCAACCGUCACAACUCGAUCACCGAGAAAUAGAAAGCCAACGGCUGAGAUUGAUCAAAAGGAAAAGAUUGCCAUUUUUGUAGAGGAUGAAUCAUCCUCUAUUUCCGAAAGCAGUGUCAGUACAUCUUCCCAAACUGAUACAGAGAAAUGGAAGAUGGAGGAAUACAAGGAGGGGAGGAGUCUGCUAGAGAGGUGUGAUAAGCUGCUUCACAGCAUUAUGGAAAUCACUGCUGCGACCGAGUUGCAACCGAGUCCGGUCUCAGUGCUUGACUCGUCGUUCUACAAGGACGAGUCGUCCUCUCCUUCGCCCGUCAUGAAACGAAGCAUUGAUUGCAAAGAUUUUGAAGAAGAGAUCUGGAGCCCUGCAAUUUCACCCAUUCAAUCGAAAUGUGAAUGUAAAUCAGACGACUGUGAUUUCCUUUACAUCUCAGACAUUCUUCGGGCUUCCAAUUACCUCCCUGAAGACUGCGAUAUAUUCCUAUUACUAGAGAAGCAACAGUAUCUCCAAGGGAAGGACACCUCCGAAGUGUCAAGUCUCCAAAGAAAGCUGAUCUUUGACACCAUCACCGAAAUUCUCAACCGCAACAGACAAUUGCCUCCGUGGAAGCUCAUUUCAUGCUCGAAUUCCAGUGUCGCUAAGCCUUCACUACGUCAAAUUUGGUCAGAAUUUCAAAGAAUUCGAGAACGAGACAAUGCAGAGGAAUUGUGUGAUAUAAUUUGCAGUGUUUUACGGAAAGACUUGGCCGGAGAUGGGAUCAAUGGGUGGGGAGAUUGCCCAGUGGAGAUGUCGGAGGCAGUGUUGGACAUCGAGCGGCUGAUAUUCAAGGAUCUGAUUGGGGAAACAAUCCGAGAUCUAGCGGCAUUUGCAGGAAAUAAUAACGUUGUCUCAGCGCCUCGCAGGAGGUUGGUUUUCUGAAGGACAUGGCAAAAAAUUGGAGGCUUCUGUUAUUUUUCGCGCGCUUUCUUUUGUCUUUUAAAUUUUACUUUCCACCUUUUUUUUUAAUUUAAAAAAAAAGUUUGGGAAAUCUGAAAGCUUGGCAAAUAUUGUGGGCUGCUUUUGCAAAAAUCUGUGAAAAAAAAAAUAUUGGGGGGAUUGAAAAUGUCAAGGAAGUGCAUGUGUGAGCUUUCAAGCAUAAAUGGACUUUGUUUUGUUUUUUAGUUUGUUUCAGUCAUUAGUUCCGUAAUUAAAAUGAUAAGUUUUAAAAAA